AUGGCCUUUAGAAGAAAUCUGAAGAGGAAAUCAUCUGAAGAAGAUGGAGAUAGCUUUGCUUUUCCACUUGAUGAGCUUAAUCAAGAUCUUCUUGAGAAGAUUCUUUCUUGGCUACCAACUUCUACUUUUCUCCGCUUAACCUCAGUUAGCAAAAAAUGGAAAUCAGCUGCUACUUCCCCUGCUUUCCACAUAGCUUGCUCUCAAAUCACAUCCAGAGACCCUUGGUUUUACAUGGUUGAUUCUUCUUCACUAUCAUCUCCUUUUGUGUAUGAUUCUUCUGAAAUGAAUUGGAAGAAAUUCCUCACUUACCCAUCUAAUUUUCUUGAAAAAAAUCAGAAAAAUGAUUCUAAUUUCCUCCCUGUUGCUGCUUCUGGUGGACUUCUCUGCUUCCACAAUAGUGAAAAGGGUGAAUUCGUCAUUUUUAACCCUGUUACUUCCACAUGUCGCAAGCUCCCUUUAGUGGAUUAUUGCAAUACCCUUUGUGCUAUAGGAAUGAUUUCCACUCAAGAAUCAUAUAAACUUUUCCUGGUUUUUGGUGAAUUCCCAAAUCUUUCCUUUAGAGUCUACAAUUCCGUGACAAAUCUCUGGGAAGAAUCUGCAAUUAUGAGUAGAAAAUUUUCUAGCUGCCCUGCAGCUGAAUCCUACAGUACUGAUGAAGAAGACGACGACGAUGGUCGAAUGCUGUAUUUCUUGGGUAAAUGUGGCAAUGUAAUAGCAACUGAAAUACAAAAAACCCCAUGUAAACAGUACUCCUCAAUAAUCACCAAGAAUGGUUGUACUGGCCAAGAGAUUCUGUAUUUCUUGAACUCCAAUGGCAAAGUUGUGGUUUGCAAUUUUGCUGAAAAGUAUUUUUUUGAGUACCCAAGAUUACUUCCUCUUAGUCAUGAGUACUCUAUUGACUUAGUUGAAUGUGUAGGAGAGUUGCUUGUGGUUGUGCUCUCGGAAUUCUUGGAAACUGCAAGUCUGAGAGUGUGGAAAUUUGACGAGAAGAGUUGGAUUUGGAAUCAGGUUUUGGCAAUGCCAGCAGCAAUUUCACAUGAAUUUUAUGGGAAGAAAGUGGAUAUCAACUGCACUGGAGGAGAUGGUGAAAAGAUGUUUGUGUGUAUUUCUAAUGCUGCUGGUGAGAGUUGUAGGUAUUUCUUGUGCAAUUUGGUUGGAAAUGAGUGGACUGAAUUGCCUGCUUGUAGUGUUGAUGGCUAUAACAGGAAAUUCAGUUGUGCUUUCUCUUUUCAGCCUAGGAUUGAAGCUUCUGUGUGA